GUUUUCUUUUUUCAAGUGUCGAAACAUAUUUCUCGCAAAUUUUCCUUACCUUUACCUUCCUUGAUUUGUCUAAAACGACUCACUAGUACUAUCAGAAGCUUAAGAACUACUUAGGGAAGGAAUGAGGGAUAAAUUUUCGCCGAUGUAAUUUACCCAUGAUCACUAGACGCCGCCGAACACGAUCGAGCGGUGAAGACAACGAUCAAACUCGAGUGGAAUUUUCAAGCGAAAACAACUUCAGUUCGAUAACUGUGGAUAUGACAACAUGUAGAGACAGAACCUCGGAGUUUAUCUCCGCCGUAAAAUCACUUCAAUCAAGACAGGUAAAGUCUUUAUAUUUGCCGGUAUUUGGAAAAGUCUCUGGGAAGUACUCGACUGAUAAGCCGGAUGUUGGUAGUCCCUUCAAAAUCCUUAAACUGGUCCGUAAAAUCAUUUUGUAAGAGCCAUGAAUUCUUCAGGAAUAAGGUAUUAUCAUUUAGUUAAACGUUCAGCGAUUGGGAGUUUUAAGGGGAACGAGUUGUCUUGUCAGUCGGCCAUGGCUUAAUUUCAAGUAAUUUCAGUUCUACUUUUACUCAGAGGUGAUUACCACUUACAGCUUUAAUACAGUUUUAGCCUACAGUAGUUGGUUAUUGAAAAAAGAAAGCAAUCUAAAUAUUAUACAAUGUAAACAUCUUGUAGGGCGAGGCCAACGAUACACGUGUUGAAUUGUAAUUUAAAACAUUGCAUUCACUUCCAAUUUAAAAUUGCAAUUUAAAACACUGCAUUCACUUCCCAGAGCAAACGUACUUAUAAAAUUCUCAGCUCCAUCUUGGGUUAUGUCAAAAGCAUGCCUGUGGCCUAUUUGCCCACAGGAGUUUUGAUCAUCCUCACUCAUGCUCUGCAGCAUGCUCUAAGGCCAGUGGCUCAAUGAUAAGAAAACUCAACCCUAACCUUUCAGAUCUGAUUGUUAAUUCUCCCCUCUAGCUGCUACACAUUUCCUUGAAAAUUAAUGACAAGAAUUUGCUGUUAAAUCAAGAUUCUCAUUACCAGUUUGCUGGAUAGUGAAUGGAUAUUAUAAGGAGAAGUCACAUGUUGAUCACUUUUGGGAGUUAAAGGGUUAACUGUAUGGCCUUGAGGCACACUGCCUGGAGCAAUAAAAGCUGUUACAAUAUCAUUUCUUUGACCAAAAAAUGUUGUCAGGCCUACAUCAAAUCAAAUUUUUUGGUUUGGUUCAUACAUGUAUAUACAGCUAUUUCAAUAUACGUUGUCGGAUCAAAGCCUCAAGCCUACAAGACAAGACAAGGAACCGCUUUUAAGCAAUAGGAGUCAUAUCUGUUCUUGUUGCUCUUUGUUAAGAUGCGCAAGGCAAUACUAAUUGUAUUUUCAGCCUCCAUGUCCAUCUCGCGCCAACAACCCCGAAAGCCUAAAAUUAAUUCUAAUCUACCCAUACUGCCUUUCAGUCUUGUCCCGUACCCUUGAAGCUUUGAUCCGACAACGUAAAUUGAAAUAGCUGUAUAUAUAUACUUGUGAAACUCCAAUAAAAGUGCAUGGUCAAGUGCAUUACCUUGCUAAGCUAGAAAAAAUUUUCUUCAUACAGUUUAUCAAGCAGUGCUGUCAUUAAUAUGUGACUAACUUUUUUGCAGGGAAAUAAUUUUGCUGGAAACAGGCAUGACCACCAACGCCAAGGUGGACUCCAGAAAAGUCAAUUUUUUGUCAUUGCCAAGUAAGAAAAUAUUGUGGUUGUGCUAUUGUUCAUGGAGUUUCUUUUCUUUGGGUCAUUCUGGAUGCCAUCAAAUGUGGGAAUAAAUGUAAACAAUACAAAAACUACAAUAUUUAUCUUUCUAUUUUUGCAUUCCCGUAAUUUUGAAAAAGUCCAUGCACGGCUGUAUGCAGGGCAUGAAGUUGAUUUUUUUUUCUGAUAGCCACUUGGCUCCUGAAUUCUUCAAAGUGGUAGCCAAUUCAAAAAAAGUUGGUCGCCAUUUUCAAAGACAAUUCAAAACCUUUUUUUACACUGUCAUCGUUCUAGACAUUAAGUUAGGGAAAAUAUCGUUAACAUGCUAGAAAGUGGACACUAGAAUGGAUGAUAUGCAGCAUUCAAGCUCACCUAAAUCCAAGAUGGCGUCUAGUUAUUGAUUGAGAUGCAUGUGCUUUGUUUUGGAAACAAACUUGACAAGGAAGUUUGCCACAGAUUUAUCUUUGCAAAUCUUUUUAAUUCACUAUAUUUCUAGGUAAGGUUGUGAUGAAACAUUCUAGUCACCAAUUUGGCGACUAAUUUUCAGGAUUUGGUUGUCAAAGUGAAAAAUUUAGUCACAUUGGCACCUGUAUUAGGUGCAGUUUCAUGCCCUGGUAUGGGAAUUCCUGUUUGAUUGAUAUCAGACUUAAUAUUUUUGUACAAUACAUGUAGAGAAAGGGGAGGGAAGGGGGACGUUUAAUUGAGAGGGGAGGGCACUUACCAGACUGUGGACACUUACUCAAGUAAGUAGAGUAAAUGUGAUUGGUGUACUGCUGUGAUAAAAAAGAAAAAAAAGACGAAAAAUGAAAAAAAUGCAACUGUGCAUGUAGAGUGGGAAUGAAAUGAAGAGUGGACUUUUCCAGAAUGUGCAGUGGGUAGAAAUUCAUUGCUGUUGCCAUGUCUGUUUUAUUCCUGGUGUGUUGCAUGUGAAAGCUAGCUCUGUGUCCUUUUUAUACUAUCCCUCAAUGCUUACCAGAUCCCUUGAAACCAUAUGAUUUAAUUUACACUACCAAGUGAACACUUGUAGGGUGAAGUAAGUGGAGCCCAGGGUUUUGAAAUUCCAAAGAGUAACCUACAUGCAAUCCUUCAAAAAUUGUUGUCAUGUAUGCUAAAAAUUUUACUACAGAUGCCACUAUGUCACUAAAAAAAUCUCUCUAACCCGGUGGUAGAUACUAAUGAUAUCCCAGAAUUCUAUUCAAAAAGUAAGUAGCUUUGGGCAAACAGUUGAUGCGUAGUAAUUCAUUAGUAAGGGCAGUGUUUGUUUGAGUAUCUAGAAACCCAAAAUCUAAGUUAUCCCAGUAACCAAUCAGAACAAAGGGUAACAUUAUGAUUAGCCAAUGAGAACUCAAAUUUGAAACAAGCAAACUGCUUGAAGUGCUGGAAAAUGCAAAUGACCAAGGUGUAAUUGUAUUUAGUGUUUUAUCUGAUUGGUGUAGAGAAUGGCUAAAACCACAGCAAUCUCAAAUUGCACCCUCUGCCUUUUUGAUAUACUCAAUGGAAAAAUGGUUUGAAAAGAAACUCAGUGAGUCGACAAUGUGAACUGAGGACUGAGAAGAGGAGAGGCUCUCUAACAUUUGAGUUAAAUACUUAUUGCUGUUUAUGCAUAGCUAGGUUGCUGAGCUUUAUUAUUUUCCAGGUAAUUUAGUGUUAACAACUGGGUUGAAAACAUAAAUUAGCCUCGGUAAAGGGUAAAAAAAGCUGACGUUUCGAGUGUUAGCCCUUCAUCAGAGCGAUGGUAUCCUUCAAAAAUUGUUGUCAUGUAUGCUAAAAAUUUUUAUGAAGGGCUAACGCUCGAAACAUCAGCUUUUUUUACCCUUUACGGUGGCUAAUUUAUGUUUUCAACCCAGUUGUUAGCACUAAAUUACCUGCUAUACCCUCCCACCGACGCAGCACCACAGUUUCUUUAGAAACUUAUCCCUUUAUUUAUUAUUUUCCAUUACAUUUACAUUCCCUUCUCAUAUUUAGGCACAUUGGAAAGGAUAUCAGCAAUACUUUUGCUAAACUGGAAAAGCUUGCCAUCUGUAAGUUUAAAGGAAUUUUUUUUGCCAUUUCUAUUUUAAUUUAUUUCAGUCUAAUGACAUACAGAACAUGCAUGUACAUUGUACUUAAUACUUAAAAAUUGUGAAAACUGUUAGAAUUCUGAUAUAAUUAUUAGAAUGUUGUAAGUUAUGCCAACACCAAAUGAAUAAAUACAUGUACUGACCUUACAGUGUGGUGACCUGAACUGUUAUUCAGUAAUGAAUAAGGUAUAAUGCAUCUUAAUUAUACAGCUGUAGCAGAGUGCAAAGAGCUUUGGUUUGUAACUAACAUCUACUAGCCUGAAAGUCAUUUUUACUAGCCCAGAAAAUUUUUAGACAUGCAUUUUAGACAUUAAUUUUUAGAAUUUAAAAAUACAUUUUUCAAGGAAAAAACGGCAUUGAAACUGUGAAACCAAAGCUCUCAAUGGACACACUAAAUGACAAUGCUCACAACAAGAAAAGCUGCUAGUGAAAGCACUUCAUUCUCCAAUUUGCUGCCAAAAAAAAAUUUUUAGCCAAAGUAUUUCUUAGUAGCUAACGGGGGAGAUUUUAAAUUUUAUAUUAUUAAAGGGAAUAAAAAUUUGAUAGCUUUCAUCAGUUUGCUUCUCAUUCAAAAGUAGUGCAUUCAGAAAAUCAUUUUCUGAAGAAGGUUUGUUUGGGAGACAGUUUUCCAAGUCAGGUUUCAAGUUCAUGCAAAAGUGGAAAGUGCAAGUGCCGAGUCACACAUCACUGAACAAAUUAUGCAAACAAAAAUUAUGGGAAUUUAUGGUUCAUCUCAAUACAAGUAAGCAAAGAUUUUAGGUUUCAAAAGAACAAAAAUGUUUGUUUCAUUUCUGGCAACUUUUCCUCUGAAAGAUUUUCCUGAAAAGUGAAAACAUUACAAUGUGGUCUAGAUAUUUUAAUCAACAAACACCUACGUUUAGAAUUUACCAUAUUAACCCUUUAACUCUCAGAUCAAAUUUGUAAUUCUUCCUACUGUCAACCAUACAAUUCUUGUAAUGUUAACUCAGAGAAUUUAGUAUUUGAUCAACUAAUUAUCCCCAAGUUGAUAUUUGUCUUUAUUCUUAUCACUUAUCUGGUUGAUAUUGUAUGGAUAUUGUAGGGAAAAAUUCUGUCCUGGUCACUCAUGGGAGUUAAAGGGUUAAAAAGCAUUUUACCAAUUUCUAAAACCAUAAUAAAUUUCUCACUGGAGUUCAGGAUCAAAACCUUUUGUUUAUGUUCCUCACAAAUGAUUAUGAAGCAAAAUGUAGAAAAAAUUUAAUAGGUUUAUCUGACCUAGUAUGAAUUAGUCAUGGGCAACAUUUACCUCCAAAGUUUUUUUCAAUACCUGCUUUUACUUUAUGCGCAAAAUCUCAGUAUGUCUUGUCUGACAUGUAAUGCGAUACCUAGUCUUGUUUAUGCAGAUUUCACUUCAUCCGAGUGGUUUUUCGGUCUGCAUGAAUUUAUUAGGAAUUGAAAACAUUUGUCUUGCAGUACUUCUGUAAUUGUAAUUCUCCCAAAAUCUUCACUUGCCCUUUGGGCAAGUAAAGCACAGAAUUCACUAGUCUGAUGACAAAAUCCACUAGCCCUGAGCUAUCGGACAUGACCUUUUUUUUCAUAGAGAAAACCUGAUAAUGUGCCUUGCAUAACUUAUAAGUGAACAAUUUUUUUGUGAUAGUAGUGUUCAUGAACAUAAUAUUGUUUUUCAUGUACAUGUGGCAACAUGAUGAGUUUGUAUGAUCAACACAUAGACACUGCCAUUAGUUUAGUUACAGGGAGUGUAGUAGUCUGUACUAUUAGAUAUUGUGUACUUGUAUACUAUAAUUAUAAUAAACAAGGGACAGCAUUAAAGGUGCACUGCAAGGUAGAGUGUAAAUGUCCACGGACACUGAGGUGAGUUAUGAAUUGUGGUUGAGUAAUUUACAAUAAGCUUAUUAAUUUUUAUACAUGGUUUUUGAGUGUUUUAUAUUUGUUAUCUAUUGGAGGACAAGGCCAGUGUUGAUGUCACCAGCAACAACAUUUUGCUUCUUUUUUAUAUUAAAACAAAUAGAUUUAAUGUUGUUGCACAUCUGUUCAUUAGAAUAUGUAGACUGUUGGAGACAUCACAAUGUGGCAAAAACAUCGAGUACAAACUUGCCUGCAGCUUGCAUGCCACCUAGAGCUGUAUACAUCUGUAGUCACAGAUGACUUUAAAUUGUACCACAUUUUGAUGACGUCUGUGAUUUAUAUAUCAAUGUAUUAUGGAACAGAUACAUGAGAAAAUUAAAUUUAUUAGUUACACUUACCCAUGCAAGGUAAUAGUGUGUAUUUGAUGCAUUUUCCUUCUCUUUUCUAUGCUAGUGGCCAAGAAGAAAUCAUUGUUUGAUGACAGACCCAUGGAAAUCCAGGAACUGACCUACAUAAUAAAACAGGAUAUUACUGGUUUAAACCAGCAGAUUGCCCAAUUACAAGAGGUUAUUUCACAUUACAUUAACUAAUUUUGCAUGUCUAAUCUAUGUUCAACACCUGCACUUACCUCAUUGUUAUGUGUGGUACUGCAAAUUCUGUGGGAAAGAGUGUGCAGUCAUGUUGUUGUUGUGCUUUGUCAAAUCGUUCCAUGAUACAUUUAUAGUCCAAGUGUUCAACAUUGUUAACAGAUAUUACUCUACUUAUAGCUGGGUUAAUGUAUAGAUGUAGAUGUAGAUGUAGAUGUAGAUGUACAGUCAUGUAGACAUAUACAUGUAGAUUGCUGCAUGAUAGGGAACAAGAUAAGAUAAAUAAUAUAUAUUUUCCCUGAAAAACUAUACCAGAUGCAGAUUUCACUUAUAGUGGUUACUAGUACUGAUUUUGUAUUUAAAAAAAAUUAACAUUCCUAUUAACACAACAACAUCAGGGGUGCAGCUUAUCUGUGUGUACAUCUGGAAAACAUGCUGCUAAUUUGCUUUGAUUAAUGCUAUUUGUCGAAAAUGUGUAAGUCUGUAAUUGAAAUUAACAAGAAUAUCACAAAGGUAAAGUUGAUUAUUGCUUUGUAAGUUUGAUGCAUGUACCUCCUAAAGGAGCUCUUUUUUAUACGCAAAAGCUCUUACACACUGUAUUUCUUGCUGUUGAGUGGUGUUAAACCUUAUUUCCAGUGAGAGCUUCUUUUAAAGGUUUAAGGUCACCUUCAGCUGUAAAAGCAAAUUAAUGGUGCUUUAAUGUGAAUUUUUUUCUUUUAGCUGGUGAAAUCUAAGGCUAGCACUCAAGGGAGGCAUCUACAGACCCACUCAAGUACAGUAGUACUAUCACUUCAGGUAUGUACAGUCAGAAUCCUCCAGCUAUUUAGCCAGAUAACACUCUAAAAUGUAUGAUGGGUGUCUAGGUAUAUUCAGGGCCCUCUAGGUUCCUGUACCCUGCUAGUUCUUGUGGGAGAAAGAAUGUGUACCAACCCCUAGGCUGUAGAUUCUUACUUAGAAAACCAAAGUGUACAAUCCUUAAAAAAUUCACUGAAAGCUACAUUUGAAAUGCCAACCUUCCUUUAACCCUUUAAUCCUUUCACUCCCAAGAUCUAAUGAGGAAUUCUCCUUACUAUCUGCCAUACAAUUCUUAUGAUGUUAGUUCAGAGAAUUUGGUAUUGGAUCAACUAAUAAUCCCAUGAUUGAUAUUCUUCUAUAUUCUCAUCACCUGCCUGCUUGAUAUUGUAUUGAUAUUGUAAGGAGAAAUUCUGUCUUGGUCACUUGUGGGAGUGAAAGGGUUAACUCCCAGAAGUGGUCAACACAAAACUUCUCCCUUACAUUAUCCAGCAAACAGCUAACGAGAAUAUUCAAACUUAUCAGGUAAAAGUUGUCAUCUUGAUCUAGCACCAAAUUCUCAUAAUUAAUUUUAAAAAUAUGUGUAGCAGCUAGAGGGGAGAAUUACCAAUCAGAUCUUUGGAGUUAAAGGGUUAGCUCAUUAACUCCCAUGUGUGACCAAAACAGAAUUUCUCCUUAAUAUACCAAAACAAAAUCAAGCAGAUAAGUGAUGACAAUAAAAUUUAUGCAUCAACUAGGGGAUUAUUAGUUGAUCCAAAACUAAAAAAACUGUAACAUAAAUUGUAUGUAUGAUAGCAUUUGUGCUUGCUUUGGUCAUGAAAACUAGGCCAGAAGCUCUGUCAGUCAUUUGGCAUCUAAAAUUUCAGAUUUGCAGUGUAGAAACAUGUUUAAUAAUAGAAUCUGUAACUUUGUCCAAUACUUACAGUAAUAACACUUUUUUUGGUGAGAUAUGGGGAAAUUGUUUGACAAUGUACCAUUAAUCAAUCUUAUGUAACCAAAAAAAGUUUAUCAUCAUUGCAGUCAAAACUAGCAAGAAUGUCAAAGGACUUCAAAGGUGUCCUGGAAGUAAGAACCGAGGUAAAUAUCAUGAAUUUCUUUUUGUUUAAUGCUACAAGUUACAAUGUACCAUACUGAGGUCUCUCUUUAAAGCCUCUCAAAGACUUGUUUUUCUCCAGUUAUACCAAGUUUUUAAUCUGAAUUAAGCUUGGAUGCUCUUCUUGGUGGGAAGGUUCAAUUUAAGUCAGUUUUAGCCUAAUAGAACCAGUUUAGGUUUACACAAAUUAUUAUAUGGACAUUGAUGAACCACCAAAAUUUUCAUAAUAUCCUCACUUGCAUAGUGAAUGUACCUUUUGAAUAUUCACAUGUGUAGAUUGAUGACCCAGUGGCAUGUUAUUGGGACAGGUUUAUUCACAUUAUGGUUGUUUUUGUUUUAAGAUUUAAUCUUGAAAACAAAAACAUUGCAAACCGUGAUUUCUGAGAGGAAGACUUUUUUUGCAAUGUGAACUAGUUUUACACGUAUAUUUUGUAUUCGAAUUUAAGGAUACAUGUACAUGUACAAGUGAAGAUGGAGGUGGCUCUGCAUUUGGUACAUGUGCAUUAGCUCUGCGUUCUCUUUGUAACUGUUGCUGCCACACGUAGCUACAAGAUUUUAUUGGCGGUUUCAUUCAAUGCAAGGAUGAAAAUAAUCUAGCUUAAAUUUGGUUUUUCUUAUCACCUGCUUGAUGGAUAACAAGUGGACAAUGUGAGGAAAAGGUACAUUUACUAUUCCACUAUUUGUGGGGGUGGAAAGAUUUAUAAGCACAUAGUUACGGUACAUGUACAAUCCACAUCGAUUCCUGGCUUAUUAUUGUUUCCUUUUAUUCAUGUAGAAUCUGAAACAGCAGAAAGAGAGAAGAGAGCAGUUCUCCCAAGGUGCUGCAGUGGACAGCCUACCUCCAUCUUCAUUAUCAGGCUCUGUACUGCAGAGAUCUAAUGUAGCUAGGGGCUUGGGACAAGGUGGUGACUCAGCAGUGGCCAUAGAUAUGGAUCACAUGGAUUCCGCGCCCCUAGUGUCUAAUGAUAUGAGCCAAAUGCAGCUGGUUGAACAACAGGUUAGAAACGAUGACCAUAAUAUUGGAUAAUGGUGAAGGAAACAGCAGCACCCUGGAAAACCUGUUGGCCGACAUUCGAGCAACUGAAGGCUGCCUGUCGGCUGACAGGUUUUUUUCAAGGAGGUGUUCUUCACAAUUAGCCAGUUUUGUAUGAUUUAUUCAAUUAAGAGGAGGGGCCAUAAAAUGCGCUGAAUACCCCUCAAAAGGAGGUCAGAGUUUCACGGUUGUUGAAUAGAUUUUGACCCUUUUCUCUCUCACAGUAUAGGCUGAGUAUGAUUCUCUUAUAACAUGCUCUUUUUUGAACCAACUCCUAAAGUUUCACCAUUGCGAUAAAAUAUUCAAAGAUUUGAUCUUUAAGGAGAACGAAACGAGUAAAAAGAAAAAAAGAUGAAUUUGACGAAAAUAUUCCGAAGUCGUCACAUCUGUGAAACUCGCCCAAACCUUUAAAUGCCGUGCGUUUGACGAAUAUGGUGAUUUGGGCUUAGCGUUUUUGUUUAUUAAUGUGGCAUUCGUCAACAUAGUGGACCUACUAUAGCUUAGGCCAAAACCAAUAGCAAAAUUGUUCGCCUAACAGCUUUCGCCAAGACUUAAAGUGCAAGCGAGCAAGUGGUUUCGCCAAAAGCUUUGGCGAAAGUGAGCAAAGAGUUCGCCAACACCCGUUGUGAAAAUGUGUAAAAUCUUUCGCCAAAACGCUUGGGCAACUAAAACAUUCGCCAAAACCACUGGUGAAAGAGUAUGUAAGCUUUCUGUAGGCCCCAUGCAUGGUAAACGCGUGCGCUUUCGCCAAAACUUAAGAAGGAAGCGUCCACAAAGUGUUUCGCCAAAAACCAUGGCGAAAGCGAACGUAACCUUUGCUCCAACUGAAUUCGGAACUCUUAUCAAACUCGCCAUUUUCAUUAUUGCAUGCAUUUUUACCGGUGUCCCUUCGACGACAACUAGAUCCAAAUUCGAUCCAAUCAAUUCACGAAUACAUAGCUGACAGAGUUACAACAUAUUUAAUUGCCAUAACAGGAUGCAGAACCGUAAAACUAGAAAGCAAUACAUGGCAAAAAUUCGAUGAGAAAACAAACCGUUUGCUAGUCGGCUUGUUGCGACAAAACAUACAAAAGAACGUUUUAUGAAGCAUGAUAAAAACGGAACGAAACUGAGCUACGAAUUACCUUUGUCGAGCAACGAGGGUAAUGGACUGCUCCUAUCUUAAGGAAUAUAAGAAAAGAUACUCCAUUUUAGUUAAAAACUAACCAGACAACUUUGACUGCUCUAAAUCUGACAUUUGUACUACGCUUUUCUCGCACACGUGUCUUUCGGUAAAUGCUCCCUACGUCACUUGGGAAAUUACCUAAGUGUCUGGUGUGGCUUAGGGUUAGCUACAUGCAUAAUUGGGCUUGAAUCGUACUGGUAGGUGAUAAAACGUCUUUUCGUAAUCUGAAGAUGUGCUGUUUUCUCUUCAUUUCUUUUGCUUAGCGUUAAAAAUGCAUCGCCGACGUUGUCACUCAUUCGCAAUACAGUCAAUCCCAAAAUUUAACAUAUACAUUGCUUGGAUCUAAAAAUAUCACGAAAAGUUUUCGUGGUAUUUUUAGAUCCAAGCACCAUACAUGUAUUAGUGUCAUAUCUGGGUUAUUGACUUUUCAACUGUCUCGGCGAUCGAACCCUGUCAACUGUGUACUGACUACAUAUAUUGUGACUGGUUUAGUGUAGAGAAUUAUUUGGCUCAGUGUAAUCCUUUUUUUUUUUUCCUUCUCUUAAUUGUCUAACAGGACGAGUACAUACAAAGCCGGGCGAAUGCAAUGGAGAACAUUGAAUCAACGAUUGUUGAACUUGGAAGCAUAUUUCAAGAGCUCGCUCACAUGGUAAAAGAACAGGAGGAACAGAUUGAAAGGUUCGGAAGUUAUUGAUAUAUUUAUUAAAACAUCUGAAAAUUUGGUUCUUGACGAAAUCAUGAAAGUAAGCGAUCUUUCGAUUUGAGAUAAGGAAGUUCUUUCUGUCUUGGCAUGCUCAUAAUGAUGUGUAUGAGUUUCGGCUGAAGCAGGUCCUCGUCGAGACAUGCGAGCCUCAUCUCUCGAGGCUUUUUUCUCUCGAGAUCUCAAGCAAAGGUUGUUUGUAAACGAAGUCGUUGUCGCAAACAGGAUUCUUUUCCUUUUAAAUGUUGUGACUUAUUUUUAUUUUAAACCUGACUGAAACUGCACAGAGGGAAGAGCAUGCAUGUAUUUUCCGGUGUAUGGCGAGAUGUUGGUUGAGCAUGUUGAAAACUCCUUCCUUGUUCAAACUAUGAAAACUCCUUUCGUGUUCAAACUGUCUGAUUGUCCACCUGGUUGCCGUGUGAACUUUAAUAUAUUUCCUUCCAUGUAUUAAUCGAUCGCUUUUUAAAGACCCUUUUUCAGUGUCGAUCGUUAUCCGUUAUUGCUUUUAGAGAAGGGAGUUCUGUCUUGGCUGCCUAAAAUGAUUAGAAAUGUACUUACGAGUCUCGGCUGAAACAGCUCCUCACAUACGAGGGCACGUUUCUCGAAUUUUGUUUUGUGUGGAAAAUUGCAACAUAGGUUGAUCCGAAUUUUGUUUUGUGUGAAAAAGUCCAACAUAGGUUGAUCCGAAUUUUGUUUUGUGAGGAAAAUUGCAACAUAGGUUGAUUCGAAUUUUGUUUUGUGUAGAAAAAGUCCAACAUAGGUUGAUCCGAAUUUUGUUUUGUGUGGAAAAUUGCAACAUAGGUUAAUCCGAAUUUUGUUUUGUGUGGAAAAUUACAACAUAGGUUAAUCUAAAUUUUGUUCUGUAUGGAGAAUUGCAAUAUAGCUUGAUCCGAAUUUUUUUCUUUUUUUAUAAAAAAAUCCAACAGAGGUUGAUCCGCAUUUUGUUUUGUGUGGAAAAUUGCAAUAUAGGUUGAUCCGAAUUUUGUUUUGUCAAGACAAUUGCAAUAUAGCUUGAUCCAAAUUUUUUUUUGUAGAAAAAAGUCCAACAGAGGUUGAUCCGAAUUUUAUGUUGUGUGGAAAAUUGCAACAUAGGUUGGAAUUUUGUUUUGUGUGGAAAAUUCCAACACAGGUUGAUCCGAAUUUUGUUUUGUGAGGAAAAUUGCAACAUAGGUUGAUUCGAAUUUUGUUUUGUGUAGAAAAAGUCCAACAUAGGUUGAUCCGAAUUUUGUUUUGUGUGGAAAAUUGCAACAUAGGUUAAUCCGAAUUUUGUUUUGUGUGGAAAAUUACAACAUAGGUUGAUCUAAAUUUUGUUCUGUAUGGAGAAUUGCAAUAUAGCUUGAUCCGAAUUUUUUUCUUUUUUUAUAAAAAAAUCCAACAGAGGUUGAUCCGCAUUUUGUUUUGUGUGGAAAAUUGCAAUAUAGGUCGAUCCGAAUUUUGUUUUGUCAAGACAAUUGCAAUAUAGCUUGAUCCAAAUUUUUUUUUGUAGAAAAAAGUCCAACAGAGGUUGAUCCGAAUUUUAUUUUGUGUGGAAAAUUGCAACAUAGGUUGGAAUUUUGUUUUGUGUGGAAAAUUCCAACACAGGUUGAUCCGAAUUUUGUUUUGUGUGGAAAAUUGCAACACAGGUUAAUCCGAAUUUUGUUUUGUGUUGAAAAUUGCAACAAAGGUUGAUCCGAAUUUUGUUCUGUCAGAACAAUUGCAAUAUAGCUUGAUUUGAAUUUUUUUUUGGUUGUUCCAACACAGGUUGAUCCGAAUUUUGUUUUGUGUGGAAAAUUGCAACAUAGGUUAAUCCGAAUUUUGUUUUGUGUGGAAAAUUGCAACAUAGGUUGGUCCGAAUUUUGUUUUGUCAGAACAAUUGCAAUAUAGCUUGAUUCGAAUUUUGUUUGUCUGGAAAAUGCCAACAGAAGUUGAUCCGAAUUUUGCUUUGUGUGGAAAAUUGCAACAUAGGUUAAUCCGAAUUUUGUUUUGUCUGGAAAAUUGCAACAUAGGUUGAUCCGAAUUUUGUUUGUCUGGAAAAUGCCAACAGAAGUUGAUCCGAAUUUUGCUUUGUGUGGAAAAUUGCAACAUAGGUUGAUCCGAAUUUUGUUCUGUCAGGACAAUUGCAACAUAGGUUGAUCCGAAGUUUGUUUUGUGUAGAAAAUUGCAACAUAGGUUGAUCCGAAUUUUGUUCUGUCAGGACAAUUGCAACAUAGGUUGAUCCGAAUUUUGUUUUGUGUGGAAAAUUGCAACAUAGAUUGAUCCGAAUUUUGUUUGGUCAGAACAAUUCCAACAUAGGUUGAUCCGUUAUUGUUUCGUUUUUGGUUUACUUUGCUGUGUUAUUGGUCGAGGAAACUUGUGCUACCCUAUCAAUCAAUCUGAUACAAAGCUAAAACUAAAAUUCAAGCAAAGGUUGUUUGUAAACGAAGUUGUUGUCGCAAACAGGAUUCUUUUCCUUUCAAAUGUAUGGGACACUUUUAUUUUAAACCUUACUGAAAUUGUACAGAGGUAGGAGCAUGCUUGUAUUUUCAGGUGUAUGGAAAGAUGUUUGAUGAGCAUGCUGAAAACUCCAUACGUGCAUUAAUGAGAAGUCGUAUCUCACUUUGAAAGUCAGUCUACUUGUCAAUGCGUAGUUACUGUAAUUCUGAUGAUCCAUUAUCUUCUUUCAGGAUUGAUGCCAAUGUUGAAGAAACAGAACUAAAUGUUGAGGCCGCACAUGGCGAACUGUUGAAGUAUUUUCAGUCAGUGACCUCAAAUAGGUGGUUAAUUAUAAAAAUAUUCUGCGUUCUCAUCAUCUUCUUCGUCGUUUUCGUUGUCUUCAUGGCUUGAAUAUUUCUCGAACUUGAACUCUCCAAUUCACCCAUUUCUUUAUAUUAUUUUACGGAGAUGAGUUUUCUUCUCGGAAAUACAUUUUACUUAUUGGUUAAAGUUGGUUUAUUUGAUGUCCACAAAUGGAAAUUCCAAUAUGAAGGGCGGAGCUGACACUGGCGUGUGCCUAGCAGGAAAUCUUUGGUUUACCAUGGCAACUGUAACCUGCAUGCCUAACUAGCCAAAGUGGAUUGCAACUAUAAAACCUUGUCAAAGGAGCUGUCAAAAAUCGAUCGAGAAAUUCGUCGUGGGUCAAAGGCUUGCAGUUAUCACCCUUCUGCUACUGACAAUAUUAUACUACUACGGCACAGAUCUGGAGGAAAUGGUCAAAUAUGUAUGGCAGAAGAUCUAAAUGCGUAUAACGUAAUUUUAAAGAUGGUGUGGGAAAAGUGUAGUUAAAAAUCUUAGCCAAGUUAGUUGUAAUACCGUUCAGUUGUUGUUACUGUCCUUGCCAGCAGAAUGCGUUUCAGCAGCCAAUUUCCCCCGAGGUUCGCUUUCGAACUGUGUUUUAAGUGAUUUUUUAAUUGUACACGAUUUCGAAAUCUCAAAUAUCAGAAACAUCCUUCAGAGGAAACCACUAGAAAGUGGCACAUGUUCGAGAAAACUUAGUGGUAACAAAGUUUCAAGCGAAUUUUCAGCAAUUGACGUUCUCAUGCACAAGUGUUAUCUUGGAAAUUUGUUCCAUAAUCGAUAAUCGCUUUCUCUGGCAAGAGUGGUUGCUCCCUUUCUAUUGUUGUAUACUUAGAAUAUUAUCACAAAACUUUCCAGGAGAGGAGAGGAAGAAGGAGAAGAGGAACUAAAGAGAGAAAAAAACAGAAAAGAUUAACUAGAAAAAUUCCUCUUGAGUCUCUAUUCUUGAUUGAUCUUUUUCUUAGUUUUCUUUGUGGGAUAUAUGUAAACUAUUAAACAAUCUCUGGUAACCCUUUUACUUCCAAGAUGCGAUUACUAAUUAACUGUUGUGACUGCCAUUUGUUUCCAUUACAUCAAGAUAAUAUCACUCUUUAGUUGGUAUACAUCUUUUAUUUGUUUAUUCUGAUUGCCUGUGCUAGAUAGUGUUUGAAAAUUUCGAGCAGAAUUUACACAUCAAUCACUUCUGGAGGUUAAAGGUUAGCUUUGGAGGUCCUUUCCUUUUAAUGUUUACGUGAAAGCAUGUAUUGCGUAGAAGUAUUGUUUGGUUCCUCUGCGAUAGUUAGACAGCGUCGCGUUGCAAUAUUCUAAAAAUUGGUUUUUACUUACGACGGAGUCGGGGUCGUAAUCAGGAGUGCUGCGUGAAACGAUCAAGUGAAAAUCAAACUCACGGAAUCGAAUGCUGCUUUCGAUGCUAUGAAAAUUGAAGAGUCGGAUUGGCAAGCGGAAGAUUGUACGGGAAGGGCCUGAGAACUGGCGUUGCGAUUGGCUAGUUCUUCCGCUUCUGCUUGCGACUCCGAUAAUCCAGAUUUCACCAGAUCAAAAAUGUCGGAGUCACAAGCGGAAUCGGAUGAAAAUCAGACCGUUCUGAUUCUUCUGACUUCGAUUCAGUCGAGCUUAUGACUCUGCUUACGACUCCUAUUUUCAGUUUUCACCACGUCGGAAUCGCUCUUACGAAUCUGACUUGACUCCGUCGCUAGUGAAAAUCAGUCUCAACGAAUAAAAGAGGGUUUACACCUGCAGUGAUGAUGUAAAGCUGGAUUUGUUAUUUGACUAUCGGAAGAAUACACAAACGCUGUUCAACACUGCUUCCGACCACGUAUGACAUGAAUUUGUUGCCAUUAAUUUUAAGAGGUGAAAUCAAGAAGGGGAAUAGAUGUCUAACUUGUUCAUGAGCCAGUCGAACUUAAGCAACCGAUAAAGGACUGAAAAGGAGGAAACAAGAGAAUUUAAUGAUUAUAAGUUUCGGACUAUUCUACCAUAUAAGCUUUACGUACUGUCUAAUCUUACUGAAAAUAAGAAAUUAUUUAGUAAAGUAGUCUAAUGGACAAUUUAUAAUCAUUAUGAGAAUAGUUUAAAUCUUAUCAUUCGACUAUGACAUACAGAGCAUCGAAAAAGAUGUAAGCGAUAGAGAAAGAAAUAUUCAUAUGUUGGUUUGUAUGUGAAAAAAAAGAUGUUCAGGAGUGGAGGGAGAAGAUUUUCAAAGUGAUAUUCAAAAAGAUAUUCAAGCGUGUGGGAAGUAUUUAGCCAAAGGCGUGGCACCAACUUUAUAUUUUUUCUCGCUGUAGAAUAAACCAGAACUGUAAUUUAGAUUUCAUUAGAACUAGAAUGAAUGGUGUCAUCUGCCCUUUGAGUGGAUUUCUUCAAAUAAACACGAAGAAGUGUCAAAGCCUGCAUGGUGAGGACCCUUUCUAAAAGUGAUGUUAUCACAGUAGCAUCUCCAACAAAAUGGAGGAGCCUAAAUUCUCUCUUAAGUCCAACUGAAGCUCGUUGAAAAUCAUACAAUUCAGCUUGAUAGGUG